UCCCUGACUCUAACAUCAGGGUGUUGUUAGAGGUCCUCUGCUGGCAGGAGGGAGCACUUCAGUACAACCUGAAGACCCAGACUUUCAGAAGCUAUGUGAGUGGACUAGAAGCCACAAAACACUGUGAGCUGGAUGGAUGUCUCAAUAAGCUUUUAGAUGUGACUUGGCCAGUGCUGGCAGAGGAAGCUCGAGGGACACGGCAGCAAGCAUUGGCACGUAAAUCCCUGAAGACCCACAGGGCAAGGCAGCCGAGGGAGCUAAUGCCCUCUCCAGGGAGGAACGGACUGCGGUCGUCCAGCAACAGAACGUGAUGUAGAGCCGGGAGAACCGACCCCUGGGUGUCCCGAAGAUGGCAUAGUAAUAAAGGCACCGUCCGAUGAUCGGGAGCACCUUUACCCGUGGGGGCCUGCCCGGGCCAGUGGCGUCGUGUUGAGCCGAAGGAACUUGCCUACUGCUUUCCCGAAAAUCUCUUUCUGUCCUAAUUCAUGAGCCAGCAGGAUGCGGUCGCUGCGCUUUCAGAACGCCUCCUCAUAGCUGCGUACAAAGGCCAAGCAGAGAAUGUGGUUCAGCUCAUCAACAAGGGCGCCAAGGUAGCCGUUACCAAGCAUGGCCGGACCCCCCUGCAUCUUGCUGCAAAUAAGGGCCAUCUUUCUGUGGUCCAGAUCUUGCUGAAGGCUGGCUGCGACCUCAACGUCCAGGAUGAUGGGGAGCAGACCGCCUUGCACCGGGCCACAGUGGCAGGGAACACCGAGGUCAUCGCGGCGCUCAUCCAGGAGGGCUGUGCUCUGGACCGGCAGGACAAGGACGGGAACACGGCCCUGCACGAGGCGUCGUGGCACGGCUUCAGCCAGUCCGCCCAGCUGCUCGUCAAGGCAGGGGCCAAUGUGCUUGCCAAGAACAAGGCAGGGAACACGGCUCUGCACCUGGCCUGCCAGAAUAGCCACUCCCAGAGCACACGCGUCCUCCUGCUGGGCGGGUCCCGCGCCGACCUCAAAAAUAACGCUGGCGAUACCUGUUUGCACGUGGCCGCACGCUAUAAUCACUUGUCCAUCAUUAAGCUCCUCCUCAGCGCUUUCUGUUCUGUCCAUGAAAAGAACCAGGCUGGAGACACCGCACUUCAUAUUGCUGCUGCCCUAAAUCACAAGAAGGUGGCUAAAAUCUUACUGGAAGCUGGGGCAGACGGGACCAUCCUUAAUAAUGCAGGCCACACUCCGCUGGAGACUGCCCGCCAUCACAAUAAUCCGGAGGUUGCUCUUCUCCUCACUAAAGCUCCCCAGGUCUUGCGCUUCAGUCGUGGGCGAAGCCUGAGGAAAAAGAGAGAGAGGCUCAAGGACGAGAGGAGAGCCCAGUCUGUGCCAAGAGAUGAGGUGGCACAGAGCAAGGGAAGUGUCUCUGCAGGAGACACCCCCAGCAGUGAACAGGCUGUGCCCAGGAAAGAAGAGGCCAGCGAAGAUUUCUUGUCAGCCUCCCCGGAGCCCAGAGCGAAGGACAACAGGCAGAGAAAGUCAAGACCCAAGGUGUCAGCGUUUUCGGACCCCACCCCACCCGCAGACCAACAGCCUGGACACCAGAAGAGCCUGCACACUCAUAACCACGCUAAAAAGAGGCCCAGGCACCGGUGCUCCCCCCCGCCGGCCCCCCACGAGUUCCGAGCAUACCAGCUCUACACGCUGUACCGGGGAAAGGACGGGAAAGUGAUGCAGGCGCCGAUAAAUGGCUGUCGAUGUGAACCCCUGAUCAACAAGCUGGAGAAUCAGUUGGAGGCAACUGUGGAGGAGAUCAGAGCAGAGCUGGGAUCAGUUCAGGAUAAAAUGAACACAAAACUGGGUCAGAUGGAGAAUAAGACCCAGCACCACAUGCGUGUCCUGGACAAGCUGAUGGUUGAGAGACUCUCGGCAGAGCGAACAGAGUGCCUGAGCCGCCUGCAGCAGCAUGCAGACGCCGAGAGGCACGAGGGAGAGAAGCGGCAGCUGUCUUUGGUGGAUGAAUUAAAAACCUGGUGCAUGUUAAAGAUUCAGAACCUGGAGGUGAAGCUUUCUGGAGAUUCCAGGGCCUCGAGGACUAAAUCCACACCAUCUACUUGCGAGUCCUCUACAGGUGUGGAUCAGUCGGUGGUGACCGCAGGUCCAGGAGCAGCUUCUGACAGUUCCCCACUGGUGGUCAGGCCCAAGGAAAAGGCCCUCCAUGUGGCCGCUGCCCAGGGGCUCCAGCAGGAGCUGCCCGCCUCGGACUGCAUGGGCUGCCGCCUGAGGAAUGCCAGGGGCCACACGGCCUUGCUGCCCUUGAAAGAGACAGCCCCGUGCGAGCAGCAGGCCGGGCCCUGCAUCGACAAGGGCACCCAAACCAAGAAGUCUGGGAAGAGUGGGCUGAUGAGGCAUCGAGCCCCGCACCCAGCCCCUGGCAACGCCGGUGGGCAGCCGCCAGCCGCAGGAGGCAGCGAGCAGCCUGCACCUCAUGUCCGAGACACCGCCCAAGCUCUGGAGAUUACCCAGUAUUUUUUUGAGGCUGUUUCCACCCAGAUGGAGAAGUGGUAUGAAAGGAAGAUUGAGGAAGCACGAAGCCAGGCCAGCCACAAAGCCCAGCAGGACAAGGCCACACUGAAGGAACAUAUUAAAAGUUUGGAAGAGGAACUUGCUAAACUAAGGACGAAGGUGCAGAAGGAAAACUAGGGCCGGGGAAGUGGCACAGGAAGGGGCUCGUGGGAAUUUCCGGUUGUGUGAGCGCAGAACAGCUGUGCCCGAGGGGUCAGUUAUGGUGCGCAUAAAAAAAAAAUCCGUAACUUCGAGAAUGUGCCAGACACAUGUUUCCUGUGCCCGGAAGUUAUGAAGACUUCAACACUUAAACUGAAACCCGCAGGAGCUUGCUGAGUUUCAGGUUUCAUUACAAACUCAAAACCUUAAUUCAAGUUCAUCUGAAGUUCAAAAGCUCACAUUAAGCCAGCCAUGCUAAGAAACUGAAUGAUCCCCAAAUUCAGGAUAAAUCAAAAGCAAGAAGAGAUGUUAAUCCCUUGUGAAUUCUCAAAAUGCUGACAUGUUAACCAGGUGAAAACUUACCGAGUGAGGAGAGAUUUUCAUGUCACGAGAUCCAGUAUAUCUUAGAAUGUUUGCAGUCAGUUUAAUUAAAUAAUGAGCAACUGGCUAACAGCACUGGGAAUGUUUAAUAAUGGACACAAAUGAGAAAGGUUCAGAUCAUUUGAACAUUGUUUCUGCAUUUUCAGCCAAAUUACAGAAAUACUACAGUUGAUUAAUCUUAGUGAUUUUAAAGCAGAUGAGUGGAAAAACUUUCAUGCAACAAUUACCUGAAACUUCUGUAACCUCUUCAUAAUCAAACCCAAACAUCCCAGAGUACUUUUCUGAAUUUGAGCUUAUUGGGCUAUGUUUUAUAAAGAAAUACAGCUAUUGCUUGAAAGUA